UAUGAUAAUGGUAAUGAUAGCUAUGAUAAUGAUGAUACCAAUGGUGAUAAUGAUUGCGAAAAUGAUGAUGAUAAUCAUAGCUAUGAUGAUGAUAAUGAUGGCAAUAAUAAUGAUAAUGAUGCUAAUGGUGAUAAUGGUGAAAAUAAUGAUGAUGACAGCUAUGAUGAUGAUAAUGAUAGCAAUGAUAAUGACAAUGAUACUAAUGGUGAUAAUGAUGGUGAAAAUGAUGAUAAUGAUAGCAAUGAUAAUGAUAAUGAUACCAAUGGUGGUAUUGAUGAUGAAAAAGAUGAUAAUGAUAGCUAUGAUCGUGAUAAUGAUAGUAAUAAUAAUGAUAAUGAUUCCAGUAGUGACAAAGAUGGUGAAAAUAAUAAUGAUAAUGAUAGUUAUGAUGAUGAUAAUGAUAGCAAUAAUAAUUAUGAAAAUGAUACCAAUAAUUAUAGCAUUGACAAUACCAGUGGUGAUAAUGUUGGUGAAAAUGAAAAUGAUGAUAAUAGCAACGAUGAUGAUGAUUAAGGUAGCAAUAAUAAUGAUAAUGAUACAAAUGGUGAAAAAUGA